AUCUUUUUUAAAGGUGGUUUUGUAUAUAUGAUUUAUUUAAGUUUUCAAGAAUGAUUAGAAAACUUUUUAUGAUUCUACUUUUGUUGUUUGUGAUCCUUGGAGAGGCAAGGAAAUCAUUUCUCAGUUUUCUGAAUAUAGAAAAGGCUGAAACACUACUUUUCACGAAGACUGAAGAAACCAUUCUUGUAAAGUCAAGUUACACAGAUAAACGGCCUGACUCCAGCUACCUUGUUGUGCAAUUAGAAGAUCCUAAAAUGCUGCAAGUGGUGAAUGUGACCAAGACUUCAUCAGAUGCCGCAGACUUUACCAUAAACCUGGUGACAGGUGAAGAAGGAGAGACAAAUCUAACCAUUCAACUUUGGGAUUCUGAAGGAAGAGGAAACAUUUUAAGGACCAUGGACUACCCCUUGUACAUCAUAUGAUGCGACCUCAUUGCACUAUAUAUAUUCCUUACAUGUGGACCUCGGAGUUAGGGUAUUCCACCCUCCUCUUGCUGCCUGACCUGAGAACAAGUUGCUUCACGUCUCUGAGCGUCAGUUUCCUCAUCUGUACCAUAAAGGUAACCAUACCUUCUUCAUGGAACUGUGACACCAUUUAAGUUAAGUAAUGCAUAUGGAAAUGCAAUUGCCCGAAGCAUGGUAAAUCCUCAGCAAAUAGCAUUCAAGUGAAUGAUCAAGAAUAGAAGCAAAUGGAUCUGGUUAUCGAUUAUACAUAUAACAAAGGCAAGCGUAGGUCUCCUUAGCAGAGGCUUAUCGAACAGAGUUGCACAAGCGAAGGCACAAGCUUGUGUUGUGUCAGAAUAUUAGUAUGGUAACAUGACAGGGAGCAAAACAGGGAAAUGGGAGGACGUGGACAAGUGAAUGACAGGGACGAGAUGGGCAAAACAUAAAGGAAAGGAAAUUUUAAAAUAUUUAGACAAGAAAGGGCAAGCAAGAGAAAAUCAAGUUAGAAGGACCAGAAAUGAGAAAGAAAGAAGCGGCAUGGGACGAGACAGCAGCCGUCACGGGAGCGGUUCCGAGCCCAACUCCAGCUCCGGCCGGGUACUGAGGAGG